GACUCUGACGUCUAGGGAGUUGUAGCCGCUGCCAGAAAUAUCGAUGAGCCUUUACCCUGAGAUUUAGAACAGGAGCUCUUUCUGGGGCAAAUACAAAGAACGUGUUUCUUCCUACAAAUUAGUAGCAUCCUCUCGCUGUAUGGAUUCAGCUGGCGAAGUAACUCAAGCCUUGUUCUGACUGCUAGGGUGGGAGGGGUGGACGGCUCGGUGUUCUUCCCGUUGUGCCUUGCGCUCGAGGUGCUGGUCUACGCUGGCCUGGACAGUCCGGGCUAGGAGCGGGAGCCGAGCGGAGGCGGAGGAGAUGGCGUCCCAGCCGCCACCUCCCCCCAAACCCUGGGAGACCCGCCGAAUUCCGGGAGCCGGACCGGGACCAGGACCCGGCCCCACUUUCCAAUCUGCUGAUUUGGGUCCUACUUUAAUGACAAGACCUGGACAACCAGCACUUACCAGAGUGCCCCCACCUAUUCUUCCAAGGCCAUCACAGCAGACAGGAAGUAGCAGUGUGAACACUUUUAGACCUGCUUACAGUUCAUUUUCUUCUGGAUAUGGUGCCUAUGGAAAUUCAUUUUAUGGAAGCUAUAGUCCUUAUAGUUACGGAUAUAAUGGGCUGGGCUACAACCGCCUCCGUGUAGAUGAUCUUCCACCCAGUAGAUUUGUUCAGCAAGCUGAAGAAAGCAGCAGGGGUGCAUUUCAGUCCAUUGAAAGUAUUGUGCAUGCAUUUGCCUCUGUCAGUAUGAUGAUGGAUGCUACCUUUUCAGCUGUCUAUAACAGUUUCAGGGCUGUAUUGGAUGUAGCAAAUCACUUUUCCCGAUUGAAAAUACACUUUACAAAAGUGUUUUCAGCUUUUGCAUUAGUUAGGACUAUACGGUAUCUUUACAGAAGGUUACAGCGGAUGUUAGGUUUAAGAAGAGGCUCUGAGAAUGAAGACCUCUGGGCGGAAAGUGAAGGAACUGUGGCAUGCCUUGGUGCUGAGGACCGAGCAGCUACCUCAGCAAAAUCAUGGCCAAUAUUCUUGUUCUUUGCUGUUAUCCUUGGUGGUCCUUACCUCAUUUGGAAACUAUUGUCUACUCAUAGUGAUGAAGUAACAGACAGCAUCAACUGGGCAAGUGGUGAGGAUGACCAUGUAGUCGCCAGAGCAGAAUAUGAUUUUGCUGCCGUAUCUGAAGAAGAAAUUUCUUUCCGGGCUGGUGAUAUGCUAAACUUAGCUCUCAAAGAACAACAACCCAAAGUGCGUGGUUGGCUUCUGGCUAGUCUUGAUGGCCAAACAACAGGACUUAUACCUGCAAAUUAUGUCAGAAUUCUUGGUAAAAGAAAAGGUAGGAAAACAGUGGAAUCAAGUAAAAUUUCCAAGCAGCAACCAUCUUUCACCAACCCAACACUAACUAAAGGAGCCACGGUUGCUGAUUCUUUGGAUGAACAGGAAGCUGCCUUUGAAUCUGUUUUUGUUGAAACUAAUAAGGUUCCAGUUGCACCUGAUUCCACUGGGAAAGAUGGAGAAAAGCAAGAUCUUUGAUAUCUUUCAUGUUUGCUUGCAGUUGAACAAUAGAGUACUUUUUAAAAUUAUUUCUCACAAAGAAAUGAAUGUACAAUCCAAUGAAAACAUUUGUUAUUGGCUAUUUCAGGUGUUUUGCUGCUAGAAAUUUAAUUAAAGUUACACACUAGUAUGUUGGUCUGGUGACCUGGUUACAUUUUAUUACACACAUUAUUGGACCAUAAGGACAUUUGUUUCACCUAGAUUUUAAGAUUAUGGAGACUGCUGUCAUUUUCAUCUUACUUAGAUCUCUAGGUUUAUUGGAAGAGUAAGAUUGAUGAACUAUAGCAUGCACAGUUUGGUACAGUAGGGAUCAUUAAUACUUUUAAAAGUUCUAAAUUAAUUGACUUGGAAUCCUUAGAAAUGGAAUGAUAACAUAUCAGUAUGAGAACAGGCAAAAGGUAAAUUUUUUUUUUACAACCUUAAGUAAUCUCAACAAUAAAAUUUUCUGAUCUGUAUUAUAUCCAGUGUUGGGUUUAUAUUUUCACCCACAAACAACUGACACUGCUAUCUUUUACUGUAUUUUUAAAAAUUUAUCUUGAAAAGGUCACCCAGAAGCAUUCUGAAGAAGAUGGUUCUAGAAUGAUAGAGUAUGUAGCCCUAAUAGUUUUCCCUCCUAGCAAAAAGUCUGAAAUUUAUCUUUCUUACAAACUGUUCCAUUUCUUCUAAGGAUCACUUAUUUAUUUAUCUCUUUAAGCUGGGCAUGGUGGCUCAUGCCUGUAAUCCCAGCACUUUGGGAGGCUGAGGUGGGCAGAUCACCUGAGGUUGGGAGUUCGAGACCACCCUGACCAACAUGGAGAAACCCCAUCUUUACUAAAAAUACAAAAUUAGCCGGGUGUGGUGGCACAUGCCUGUAAUCCCAGCUACUCGGGAGGCUGAGGUAGGAGAAUCACUUGAACCCGAGAGGCAGAGGUUACAGUGAGCCGGAGAUCUCGCCAUUACACUCCAGCCUGGGCAACAAGAGAGAAACCCCAUCUCCAAAAAAAAAAAAUUAUUUAUCUCUUUAAAAUAUGACUAGUUUUCAUACUGGGUGAAUCAGAAGUAUAUGAAAGGUAUACUUUCUUUUCCUACAACAAAUACUUGAGUUCUUUUGAGUUUGCACUUAAUGAUACAAUCAGUUAUAAUAGUAAUUUUUAAUCUUUUCAUAGAUUUUUUGCUUCUACCUUGUGUGAUUUUUUUUAAAUUCCAUAUUUAGGAUGCUCUGUAAAUAUUGAAAAUGUGUCACAUUGGAUACAUUUUUCUUUUAGGUUUAAUUUUUACUGCUGUGACUUAUUUAUAGUCUCAAUGCUCAAUUGCCAUUUAGAAUAUGAUAAUCCUCAUGCCUAUAAUCUCAGCACUUGGGGAGGCCAAGGCAGGUGGAUCAUCUGUAGUCAGGAAUUUGAGACCAGCCUGGCCAACACAGUGAAACCUUGUCUCUACUAAAAAUACAAAAGUUAGCUGGGCGCAGUGGCAUGCACCUGUAGUCCCAGCUACUCAGGAGGCUGAGGCAGGAGAAUCACUUGAACCCAGGAGGCAGAGGUUGCAGGGAGCUGAGAUCACGCCACUGCACUCCAGUGUGGGGGAUAGAGCAAGACUGUUUCUCAAAACAAAACAAAAACAAAAACAAAAACAAAAUAAUACGAUAUACUAUUUGACAUGUUUUUUGGUUUAUAAUGAUUUUAAAUGCAGUUAACUUUCAGUAUGCUGAAUAUUGCCCCAGAAAAUAGGAAACUUCAUAUACUCGCUGUGAAAGUACUACAGAGUAAUACUAUCAGGAAUACAGGUGUAUAAGAAUACAUUUAUAGACAUUGUUGAAAACUUUGAACUAUUUGAUAAAAAUUGUGAUUUAGUAUGUUUUUCUUUUUCUUUUUCUUUUUUUUUUUUGAGAUGGAGUCUUGCUCUGUCGCCCAGGGUGGAGUCCAGUGGCGCAAUAUCGGCUCACUGCAAGCUCCGCCUCCCGGGUUCACACUAUUCUCCUGCCUCAGCCUCCCGAGUAGCUGGGACUACAGGCGCCCGCCACCAGGCCCGGCUAAUUUUUUUUGUAUUUUUAGUAGAGACGGGGUUUCACCAUGUUAGCCAGGAUGGUCUCCAUCUCCUGACCUGGUGAUCCACCCACCUCAGCCUCCCAAAGUGCUGGGAUUAUUAUAGGCAUGAGCCACCACGCCCGGCGGUUUAGUAUUUUUUUUCUAAUAGACUAUGUUCAACAAAUAAGUAAUUCUCAAAUAGUUCAGACUGAAACAUACAGGAACCAAGUACAUACCCAGCAUAGAAGAACUUUACUAAAGGCUUCUUGGAAAGCCCUUUUUUGAAAUGACAGUAUCAUAAGUAACAUAUCUUUUAAAAUAGAAAUCUUGACCCAGUGCAGAAAAAUAAAUACUUUAUAGUAAAAUGUAUUUAUCUUUGGCCAAUUUUCCAACACCCAGGUAUUAGCCUUGAAGUUGAAGAGAUAAGUUUUCUUGUGUAUUAUUUUUCGUUUGUGUUCUACAAUUAAAGGUUCUGCUUUGAUUUGUUAGAUAAUUUGUAGAAAUUUUGUUCUCAAAACAAAUUUUUGAUAAAUUAUUAAAUUUGGGGUUGAGAUGUCUAAAUUGAAUGCUAGAAGUAAAGUAGAAGUGACCACUAUUAAAGAUGUAUAGGGAGAAGAGUAUAGCACAAAGUGAUACAACAGUGGCACUUUUGUAAGGGUGUUUAUUGUUUGGUUAAGUCUGCUAAAUUAUAGUAUGCAUUAUCUGGUGACUAUUUGUGUCUGAAAAUUCCUUUUGUAUUAAAAUUCUGGAGAAGGAAUUGAGAACUAGAAUAAAGAGAAAUUUUGUAACCUUUUUUAUCAUGACAGUUUUAGAAUAAUUUUUUUAGCUAAGAUAAAUGUUCAAGGCUCCAAUAUUAUUUUUAGGAACUUAUUUAAGGAGUGCUACUUUACAGAAAUUGCUAACACACCAAAACAUUUUUAAUUAAAUAAAAUAUGUUACAAUAAUAAAA